UCUAUGAAUAAAACUGUUAUUUCCAUCCAUCCUUAUAUUUAAUAAGUUUUUCACAAAAGCCUCUGAAGUAAAGCAUACCGUAUGAAACAGCUUCCUCUAGUGGAGACAGUGGAGAAAUAAUUUCAGCCGAAACGUUUCACCACAAUUGAACAAUAUGUGUGCAAAAUAUUGUGAAACGCUCUCACACGUUUUUUUUUUUUCCGAAGACACUAUUAAAAAUAAAUACAUAAAGAUAUAUCUAUUUAUCUAGACUUUUAACUCACUAAGGUGAUCCUGGUCCUUAAUGACAAACUUUUUUGAGAUCUGCAAGACAUCUUCAAAUCUGCUUCAAAUCAGAUCUCUUCCUAUGACAAAGUAUAAAAUAAUCAUCGCAAUAGGUUAUAAUAAUGUGAGAAAGCAAAAAGUUUUAUUUGCAUUCUCAGUUGAUCUAGCAUGUCUUAAAAAUUCCAAGUUAUGCUGUUUUUAUUUGUGUAAGCCAAUAGUUAAAAACCAAAAAACAUCAAAAAUAGCACGUUUUAUACAAAAAGACAGGGAAAAACUUUAAAUUUGAUUAAAAUAAUUUGAAAGUUUUCCUCUAUGUGUCUUUAGUUACUGCAGGCAGUAUUGUGUUACUGAUUAUGAAAGUACUGGUGAACUUUCACCUGUGAACAACAACAAAAAAAAAAGAACAGGACAGCUCCUCCCCCACUGUCUAACUCCCACUUGUCUCACUUCUGCAUUUUGCACUGUUCAUAUUGCCACAUUUAAACAUUUAUAAGAAAAGGAAGUCAAAUAGUUUCCUGCUGCAAGAUCCAAAGCUUGUCAUUUAGAAAAAAUGAGCAGCCAAGUUCCUCUGGUCAAUGUGGAAAAGUGGAUAGCGGAAAACCAAGAUGCUUUUCUACCACCAGUGUGCAACAAGCUGAUGCACUUUUCCCAAUUGCUCGUCAUGUUUGUUGGGGGUCCUAACACCAGGAAGGAUUACCAUAUAGAGGAAGGGGAGGAGUUGUUUUUCCAGCUGAAGGGAGACAUGUGUCUGAAGGUGAUUGAAAAUGGCCUCCACAAGGACGUUCACAUCAAAGAAGGAGAGAUGUUUCUGCUCCCAGCUCGAAUCCCCCACUCUCCGCAGAGAAAAGCCAACACCGUUGGACUGGUGGUGGAGCGAAGGCGACUGCUGACUGAAACUGACUGCCUGAGGUACUACGUGGACAACACCACCGACAUCCUGUUCGAGAGAUGGUUCUACUGCGAGAAUCUGGGGACACAGCUGGUUCCGAUUAUCAAAGAAUUCAUGGCAUCAAACCAGGCCAAGACGGGAAAACCGGAUCCAAAUGAAGUUUUCCGAGAGCCUCCGUUCCAGAUGAACACCAUGAAUGUGAUGACACCAUUUUCCCUCAAGGACUGGCUUAACAAACAGAGGCCAUCUUUGGCUAACGGCAGGCCCAUCAACAUCUUUGGAGCUCAGUUUGAGACAGAGGCAAUGGUGUUUGGACCUGGACUUACAGAGACCUCAGUCCAGCAAACUGAUUUGUGGAUUUGGCAAAUGGAGGGAUCUUCAACAGUGACCAUGGCGGAGCAGCCAUUUAGUUUGACUUCAGGAGACAGUUUGCUCAUCCCCGAACAGAGCCAGUACAAGUGGCAGAGGAAUGAGGGGACUGUGGCCUUGGCUGUCGUGCAAAAUCCAGAGCGGAAGAGAACCUAAUUGUCAACUACACACCUUCAAAAUUCACUUAAAUACAUAGAAGUGUUAAAGGUGUGAACUUUUUUAUUAAAACAUGUAUUUUUAAUAACGACACUGACAUGAAACUUACACCAGAGGUCAGUAGCAAACCAAGUAAUCCACACACAAAAAAACAAAUCAUUCCACUAUUUCAACUCUGAUGAUACAAGGAGAAAGUAAUAACAUACUUACUGAAUUUUAUCAGCAUUAGUAGAAAAGCCUCCAGCUUUUUUCUUUCCCUGCAACCAAGAAAGAGUUUUCAUGUGGGUUUCAUCUUCAGCUCUUUAAUGAAAAACUACAUUUUCAUGUUCCUUUAGUUAUCUGAUGUUUCCUAGCACUUUAUGCUCAAAACCAACCUCACUUCUUCUUGUUCUUUGGUGUUUUAGGAGUGAAAUUCACUCCAGAUCCUCCUGCAAACUUGUCUUCUCUUGAUAUUUCAUUGGAUUCCCUAAAUACUCUGUAGAAAACCUUAAAAGAUAUUUAUCAUGGGUUUUUUUUAAUAGUGGAGUUUUGCACAGUAAGUUAUGCAAUUGCAGUUGAGUGGAUAUUUCUUUGAAAUUAAGUUUCAGAGAAAUAAGUUUAGCAAAAAUGAGGUUGUGAAGUUCUUAAGAGCUUCUUGGUUUGACCCAUCAUGUUUGUUGAGUAAUGAGAAAACGUUUCAUAGACGAUCACUGCAGAGGAAAUUAUGUUUAAAUUUAUAUUGGUCAGACCUGAAAAAAGGUGAUUUUGGGGCUUUUUUCUUGACUUUCUGUGGACCCCAACACAUUUUCUAUGUAUAAUUUUACUUAAUUCUUCUUAAGUUAAUGCAUGGACUUGGGUUGUUAAUGACAUCUGGGGUGAAUUUUGUACAAACAUCCUUAUAGAAGUACGUUUACUAAGAAAAACAAUAUCUUGUUCAAUUGCUUUGUAUAAUGGUAAUAAAUAAUGUCAAUUUGUUUUAGUUUUAUUAUUUAGUGAAGUUAAGGAUAAUGAAAGAAGAACUUGAUUCUGAAACCGCCGUCAGUUUUUAAGCUAACCGGAAUAAAAUGACAUGAGAUAAA